GGGUUAUCAUGCCGAGGUGUCUCACUUCAGAUACUCAAUGUGUUUGCUCGGAAUGGAAUAGGCUCCUUAUAAUUGGGAGUGUUAGCGGGUCUCUGCUAACUCCACCCUCCGAAAUAAGUGUGGUCGCCUCCGGCUAGGAGUGUAGUUCUUCUCUCUGUGCCGUAGCCUAAACUGCUCCGUGGCAGGAUCUGUCGGGAUAGCUCCUAGCAGAGGCCCAAUCACUCAGGAUGUACCGUUUCAUAGCUAUAGUAGUAUUAACUGUAAACCUUAUUCCUUACGGCUUCACGGACACUCCGAUUAAUUUAAAUGCCGGAUUAGAACCGUACGAUCUACUUUUCGACAAUGCAGUUGAAGCUUACUACAAGGGGGACUGGAUAUCCGUAAUCCUGAACAUGGAGCGGGCGCUUCGAAACAAGGGGACCGUCCGCCGUGUGAGGGCGCAUUGCCGGCUCUCUUGCGCCAACCAAACCGACUUUGGGGAGCCAGUGCCGGGCGUUGGCGUUCCGAUUCCCGGCAGCGGCUCUGUGGAGGAUCUCAGCUUUUUUCAGAAAAUUUUGAAACGGGCCGAUUGUGUGAAUUCGUGCGAAGGCGAGAAGCUGGGACACCCAUCACUUCACAAAAUCAGUGAAGCAGUGGAACUUGAGUUUCGGAAGAGGACACCCUAUAACUAUCUGCAAGUUGCAUACUUCAAGAUUAACAAGCUGGAUAAGGCAGUGGCAGCUGCCCACACCUUCUACCAGGCCAACCCAGAUCACUUGGAAAUGAGACAGAACCUGGACUACUACAGGAUGAUGGCUGGAGUUAAGGAGACUGACUUCAAAGACCUGGAAGCUAGGCCGCACAUGGAGGAGUUCCUGGAAGGAAAGAGGCUGUACAGCGCGGACGAUUUCGCCCCGUCGGUCGACCACUUCGAAGGCGCGGUGACGGAGUACUUCUCCGCCGACCUGGAGUGCAGGGCUCUCUGCGAAGGCGCCUACGACUACGACGGCUACAACUACCUGGAGUACAGCGCGGACCUCUUCCAGGCCAUGACAGAUCACUACAUACAGAUUCUGAACUGCAAGCAGAACUGCGUGGUGGAUCUGGCAACCCUGCCCGGCUCGGACAAAACCGUGGAGGACUUCCUGCCGUCCCACUUCAACUACCUGCAGUUUUCCUACUACAACGCUGAAAACUAUGAGAAAGCCAUCGAGUGCUCCAAAACCUACCUGCUGUUCCACCCGGAAGACGAAGUCAUGGUGCAGAACCUGGCCUUCUACUCAGCAACGCUGGGAGAGGACAAGGCUGCUGGCAUAACCGCGAGAGAGGUGGUGCAGCAGUACAUCAAGCAGUCCUUGCUGGAAAAAGAGCUGCUUUAUUUCGCUUACGAAGUCUUCGGCAUAACCUUUGUGGACCCGGACAAGUGGACCCCCGCUGAUGUCAUGCCUCUAAAACUGAGAGAGAAACAGAAGGUAGAACGGGAAACAGCGGCACGGAUCACGGAGGAAAUUGGCAAUCUGAUGAAGGAGAUCGAGACCCUGGUGGAGGAGAAGAACAAGGAUUCGGGCGAGCUCUCCAAGGUGGUGCGAGAAGGCGGCAGUGUUCUGUAUGAUGACAUCACCGUCACCAUGACGUCCAAAAGCCUGAACGGGUCUCAGAGGGUGGUGCUGGAUAACGUGAUCACUGAGGACGAGUGCAGGGAGCUCCAUCGCCUUUCCAACACUGCUGCCAUGAUGGGGGACGGCUACAGGGGAAAGCCGUCCCCUCAUUCCCCCAGCGAGAUGUUCCAGGGAGUCACUGUCCUCAAAGCUCUCAAGCUGGGACAGGAGGGGAAGGUGCCCCUGAAGAGCGCCCGGCUGUUUUUCGAGCUCAGCGAAAAGGUGCGCAAGGUCCUGGAGUCCUACUUCCGUCUGGAGACGCCGCUCUACUUCUCCUACACUCACCUGGUGUGCCGCUCUGCCAUCGAUGAGAAACAGGAAGGCCGGGAGGACCUCAGUCACCCCGUUCACGCGGACAACUGCCUUCUGGUGUCGGAGCUGAACGAGUGUAUUAAAGAGCCACCCGCCUACACGCACAGAGACUACAGUGCCAUCCUCUAUCUGAAUGAUGACUUUGAAGGUGGAAAUUUCCUCUUCACUGAGCUUGAUGCUAAAACGGUCACUGCGGUGGUCCGGCCCCAGUGCGGCCGGGUGGUGGGGUUCGGGGCUGGGAAGGAGAACCCCCACGGGGUGAAGGCCGUCACCAAGGGCCAGAGGUGCGCUGUCGCCCUGUGGUUCACCCUCGACCCCCGGCACACAGAGAAGGAGCGGAUCCAGGCGGAGGACCUUCUGAAGAUGUUCUCCAGCCCGCUGGACGCAGAGUUCCAGAGAUCGCCGAGUGAGCCCAAGCCUGUGCAGUCCGACCAAUCAGCUACGGAGACAGAGGAGCAGCCAAUACCAGAGCCUGGCAAGCAGGCCGAGCCCGUGCAGUCUGACCAAUCAGCUACGGAGACAGAGGAGCAGCCAAUACCAGAGCCUGGCAAGCAGGCCGAGCAGGUGCAGUCUGACCAAUCAGCUAUGGAGACAGCGGAGCAGCCAAUACCAGAGCCUGGCAAGCAGGCCGAGCAGGUGCAGUCUGACCAAUCAGCUACUGAGACAGCGGAGCAGCCAAUCCCUGAGACUGGCAAGCAGGCCAGUGAACAGGGUGAUAAACAGGCUGACCAAUCAGCGGAUAAAGAAGCUAGCCAAUCAGCUGACAAAAAGGCUGACCAACCGACAGACAAAACAGACAGCCAGUCAACAGACACGAAGGUUGACCAACCGACGGACGAAAAAGACACCCAGUCAACAGACGCGAAGGCUGACCAACCGACAGAUAAAAAAGACAGCCAGUCAACAGGCACUAAGGUUGACCAACCGACGGAUGAAAAAGACACCCAGUCAACAGACACGAAGGCUGACCAACCGACAGAUAAAAAAGACAGCCAGUCAACAGGCACGAAGGUUGACAAGCCAACAGACAAAAAGGAACAACCGAAAGACAAAAAAGAGGUCAAGAAAUCGGCCCCCAAACAGGCCGCCAAACCGAAGCAGAAGUCGGCAGAAAAAGCGGACGGCAAGCAGAAGGUCAAACAGGCGGACAAAGCCAAGGCGAAAGCGGCGGAGAAAAAGGACAAGCCGGCCGCCAAGAAGAACGCGGAUGCGAAAAAGGACAAACCGCCAGUCAAGAAGGCCGCCGCGGACAAGAGCGGCGGCGGCGGCGGCUCGGUCGCCAAGGCAACCGACACGAAGCAGCGGCCGAAAGCCAAGAGCUCAGAGCCGCACAAAGACUCGCAGGAGCGCAAGGCCGAGGCCAGCUCGGCGGCGGACUCUGAAAAGGACAAGGACGAAUUAUGAGAGAACUCCUGCGCUCAGUUUAUUUUUAAAUACACUUUUGGUUUUGGGGGGGGGGGGGGGUGUUUGUUUGAACGAGGAUGAGUGGAAUUGUUACAAGUGCCUUUUUUAAAUUAGCUACGAAAGGGGUUGAAUGGACCACCAUGGGCAAAUAUUGAAAUGAUAGCCAUAUCCUGAGCUGUAAGCAAACUGUAUAUAUGGCACAGAAGUGAACGUUGGGUUUUGUUCAAAGAUAUGCUGCCUUUUAAGGUACUCAAUAGUAUUUCUAAUACCAUAUAUUUUCAUUUGAGAAUUGUUUUAAAACUUUUAUUUUUGUUUUCAAACAAUGACCACAUGAGUAUAUUGAGAUGCUCUCUUAUCCAGGGAAAGAAAAUGUAAUGAAUAAAAUUAGAUUUUUCUUUUUUAAAUAACGCUGAACAUUGCUUAUUUUUAACAAUGGCAAACAAACGUGUUUUCUUUUCAACUUUAUAGGGUCCAGUAAAUAUGGCAAUAGAUAUAUACAGACAUAUACCGGCGUAGAUGAUUUCCACAUACAUUCAGUCAUUAAAUUAAAUCAUUUGUGUCAGAAAAUGACUGCGUUACCUAUGUUGGCCACUAGAUGGCAGGAGGGAAUCACUAUUGUCCCUCCUGAUUCUCGCACUCUUAUUCUCGUCUCUCCUAAUGAAGAUGCAGGCCACUUUGGGUUCAUGUUCUUACUGAGCUGAUGUAGAGAUGUGAAGAUGCAAAAUGUAUUGUUCAUUUUUGUUCCUUGCCAGUAUUAGUGUGUGGUAACGUGGAGAAAAUUGCCUGUGGACUUAUGCAAUAAUCUGUUCUGGCAAGCAGAGGUGACGUAUGUUCUUUGAGACCCUCAAGCCCCAAAAUGGCCACCCAUUGAGUUAUAAAACCAGGUCAGCCAAGCUCUCUGGGAAUUUGAAAUGCCACAGACUACAAGUUUUUCUGUUUGAAGGGUGAUGUCACUUUUUCUGUUUAGCUUUUUGGUUUAUUUGUUUUUGUUUCGUUUUUACGUAAAAUGAAAAUGGAUUUGUGCUCACAUGACAACAAUGGACCUGAAAAGUAUGCAAAAUUAGAAUUUCUAAUUUUCUUCAAUGGAAAUAAAUGUGAACAUUUUUUGUAAAGAAA